AUGAGCACAGAGCGAACCCUGUAUGUUGGUAUAAAUUUACCAGGAAAGCACGGUGCAGCCGACAAGUCUGUUGUAGACACAGCUAUCGAGCAAGGAUACGACCUGGUAACAGCAAAAAUAACAACUAGGUCGUUCAAGCACAAAAUACUCAAUCUUUGCGCCCCUGGACUCGAUGAUCAAAGGUCUUCCUCGACUGGAGCCUCCACAAAGCUGUCAGGCUCUUAUGGCACAUCACUUAUUCCGAUCAAGGUGCCUCCUCUGAAAGCCGAAGACUUACUUUUUCACCCAGGGCCACAUGUAUCGAAUACUAUUGCCCUAGCUGCCCCUUGGGCCGAGCUCGAUUCCCGAUAUGAUGCGUUGUGCGAGGUCUCUUACCAGGUCCUUCGACAAGAGCUUCAGUAUGCGCAGUUCUGUGGCUUGCCGUAUGCUAUUAUUCCUGGACCCAAACGACGUACAAAUUUAUCGCGCUAUGCUCAAAGCGUGGCCGCGUUACUUCGCGAGGUUCCGCAGUUGAGACUCAUCAUCCACACUACUUUCAGCGAGGAGUUUCGCAACAACCAGCCGCCGGCUGAUCUUUACUCUACAUGGGAGGUGUGGGAUACUGUACGGAAGAUAUGUGAUUAUCCACAAAACUUGUCGCUCGCUCUCGAGGUUCCUAAAAAUGCCUUACCUUCUCACUUACUCGACAGAUGGUUUACUGAACCAUUGUCAAUGUUGAUUUUGUCGGCGCAGUCAACUUUCGUCCCCAAUCCUAAAGGUUUCCCUGUUCUCCCCAAACACACACAGCACCUAGUUUACAAUUUUUUGAAGAAGAGACCUUUCUACUUGUUGAAAGACAUCCCUUCGUCCCAAGCUUCGGCCCCUGAGGAUAUGCCCUAUGCGGUGGGGGACGCUUGCUUGAUAUACCUCCGUCAUCUUAUAUCCAAACAGCCAGAACCUUCAAUUAUGGACGUUUUCAGCGAGGGCUAUGCUGAUAUACUCCAGCUGCCUUUGCAACCUUUAAGCGAUGACUUGGAUAGCCCCUGCUACGAGGUUUUUGAGCGUGACGAAUCCAAAUAUCAGUAUUACGAAUAUGCUAUUGAAGCAGCAAUUGAAAAUGAGUUGCGCGGGAUCAAGCAGCUCAUGGUACUAGUUGUAGGUGCCGGCCGUGGGCCUCUUGUGGAUAGAGUUCUUAAAGUAUGCUCUCGGGCCGGCCGAAAACCCUUUGUAUUUGCCGUGGAAAAGAACCCAGGGGCGGCCGUGUACCUGGAAUACCGCAAAUCAAACGAGUGGGGAAAUGUUGUCGAGGUAAUUGCCGAGGAUAUUCGGCAUUGGCGACCACCUCAUCGCAUCCACCUUGUCGUUUCUGAACUCUUGGGCUCGGUUGGGGAUAACGAAUUAAGUCCUGAAUGCUUGGAGACUGUUAAAACAACUCUAGAGCCAAACGGUGUUAUGAUUCCACGAAGUUAUUCGGCAUAUGCUGCCCCGAUCGCAGCACCGUUGCUUUAUAUGGCCGCGAAAGCUGCUGUCCCUCAGUGGGGUAUUGCAGCAAUCGGCAGGGCUGGAGGUUCAUCUGGUUCUGGAAUGCAGUCAGUGUCAUGUGAAGCACCUAAACUGCAGACCCCAUAUGUCACACACAUGCAACAAGUUCAGAUCUUGGCCAAGCCCCAGCUUCUUUGGCAAUUCCACCAUCCUGAUAAUUUAGCUAAAGAUCUCCCCAAAAAAUUCAACCGACACGCUAAACCCUGCUUCAGUGUGCGCAAUCGAAAUACUGUAUACGGGUUUGCGGGUUAUUUUGAAGCGGAACUUUACCCUGGAAUUGAACUAUCAACAAACCCUGACACAAAGGACACAAAGUCUCCGGAGCUGGUGUCCUGGUUUCCCUUUUGGUUCCCGCUUAUGACUCCUCUCGCCGUUUCCGACGAAACGGAAAUAGAGUUUAGUGCCUGGAGACUGACAUCUUCUUCUUCUAUGUGGUACGAAUGGCUUGCAGAAAGCUACGCGCUUGUCAAUGGUGCGAGGGUUCGCACAGGUGCGACUGCAGUGCAUAAUGCAGGAGGAUCUCACUACUCUGCUCAUUACUGA